AAAAUUGAUUUUCCGCAGCUUGGGUGGGAUUCCUGCUCUUUAGUCUCCUGCUUGUACCUUCACUACCUCCUAUCUGCUUGCUGCAUCAGCUCAGUUGUUCAUCCUGGAAAGGACGUCUGUGGUUUCUAUCCCAGGCAGCUGGGACAGGUCUAUGGGGCACACGCAUCCAGAGGAGCUCCAGGACCUUUCAGUAAACUGCAACCAGCUCCAGUAAACUACAAAGCUGAAACUUCAUUUCAUCCUGACUUUGACAGUUCAGCUCUCAGGAAUUCCAUGCCUUUUCCAAAAAUAAUGAAGAUGACCACUAGCCACUAGCACAAUCAAACUUCAUAUGAAGCAGCAUUUGACUUGCCAUAUUUCAACAUAAGUAACUCAUGCUGA